UGCGGGGCUCGCUGGCGCUGCUCACCGACCUCUACCAGUUCACCAUGGCGUACGGCUACUGGCGCGCCGGGCGACACCGCCAGCCGGCCGCCUUCGAGCUCUUCUUCCGCCGCUGCCCCUUCCAGGGCGCCUUCGCGCUCGGCGCCGGCCUGAGCGAGUGCCUCGCCUUCUUGCGCGCCUUCCGCUUCUCGCAGGCAGACAUUGAGUAUCUCAGGUCAGUCCUUCCCAUUACCACCGAGAAAGCCUUCUUUGAAUACCUCUCCACUGUGGACGCAUCUGAAGUUUCCAUCUCGUCUGCUCCAGAGGGCUCCGUCGUCUUCUCCAGGGUACCGUUACUUCAAGUGAAGGGUCCUUUGCUGGUGGUACAGCUUCUAGAGACCACCCUGAUAUGUUUGGUGAACUAUGCCAGCCUUGUGGCUACAAAUGCCGCCAGAUUCCGGCUCUCAGCAGGCCCGGACAAGAAACUCAUGGAGAUGGGGCUGCGGCGGGCCCAGGGCCUAGAUGGCGGGCUGUCUGCCUCCAAGUAUUCAUACAUGGGGGGCUUUGAUUUUACCAGCAACGUCCUCGCUGGGAAACUCUACGGGAUUCCAGUGCGGGGAACGGUAGCUCAUUCUUUUGUGUCAUCGUUCACCUCGCUGGCGGAGGUGACCCCACGGAGCCUGCUGCCCCUGGGUGGGACGGAGCCCGUGGACUUCCCACCCUUAGCGGAGACGUGGCUCAGCCGGGUUUGCCAGUUACUCCAAGUCCCGCUUGACGGGGUGAACCAUGGGGAACUGGCGGCUUUUGUGUCCUACGCCAUCACCUUCCCGCACAAUUUCCAAGGGCUGGUGGACACCUACUGCGUGAUGAGGAGCGGCAUCCCGAAUUUCUGCGCUGUCGCCCUUGCACUGAACGAGCUGGGAUACCGCGCCAUUGGAGUACGUCUGGACAGUGGGGACCUGGCCAAGCAAUCAGUGGAGAUCCGCCGGGUGUUUCGGAUCUGUAGCAAGCACUUUCAGGUCCCCUGGUUUGAAAGGAUUCCCAUCGCCGUGAGCAACGACGUGAGCGAAUGGAGCCUCAAAGAGCUGGUGCAGGAGGGGAGUGAAAUUGACAUGAUUGGAGUUGGGACUCAUCUCGUCACCUGCCCGCUGCAGACUUCCCUGGGCUGCGUCUACAAGCUGGUGGAAGUGAACGGCUCCCCAAGACUGAAAGUGACUGAAGACAAAGAGAAGGCAACCGUCCCCGGAAGCAAGAUGGUCUACCGGCUCUGGGAUGAUGCAGGAUUCCCAUGUCUGGAUCUCAUGGCGUUGCAAGAUGAGUCUCCUCCAAGAGCUGGACAGGAGGUUGCGUUCUGGCCGCUGGAAAGAGCCGUGAAAGCUGGGACGUUGAUUCCUGCAGCAGUGCAAAUCCUGCACCGCGUGUACUUCAAAGAUGGGCAGGUUUGCCAGCCGCUCCCCAGCCUCGUGGAGAUCAAGGACCAUGUUGAGACCUCCUUGAACAAACUCAGCCCUGCCCAUAAAAGGCUGCAGGAUCCAGAAACCUACCAGGUAGCUGUGACAGAAAAGCUCCAUUUGCUCCUCACCGACCUCCAGAGAGACUGCCAAUGAACUGCGGAAGCCUUCGUCCGUGCCAGGAUCGAGGCAAGCAGUCCUGACCGCUGUGCACUGAAUCCUUCUAGGAACCUCUACAAACAGCACCUUGGACGAUGGCGAUGGGUCAGACCAAGUCAAGAUUGUAUUUGUGCGCAUUCUCUCUCUCGCCUUUUCCUUUUUUAAAAAGCUAAUCGAUUAAAUUGCACAUGCUGCUUAGGGAAAAUAAUGCUGCAAAGAUCUACGAUUUUAAAAUAAAUGGAUAUAAAUUAUUUGAACGCGACACAAAAAUAAAA